AUGAUCAGCGAUCGAUUUUGGCGCGGUGGUGACGGCGUUGAGGUGGAACGAGUCGUUUCCGGCGCGGCGGCUUACUUCCCGGCGAAUGUGGUUAGCGCGCCGUCUGUGAGAGAGAAACUCGUUUGGGUGGAGUAUGAAGCCCUAAUGGCUGGAGGCUCUGUGCGCAUGAAGGAGUACGUGGUCCCCACGCGCAUCCGCCCAUCUCCGCCGCGCGAGCUGCUCAACACACGGUUCAAGGAUGGCGAUGACGUUGACGUCUUCAGAGACAGCGACGGCUGCUGGGUUCGAGGCGACGUGACGGCCGUACUUGAAAACUCAAUGUACAUUGUCGAGUUUGAAGGUGAAAAUCGCCCAGAAACAGAGGUUCAUCGCUCUAAUCUGAGGCUGCAUCGUGACUGGGUAGAUGGAAAUUGGGUGCCGUCUCCUCUUCAACAGGGCAAUAAUGUAUUGCAAUCGACGCCCAAAAGUAUUAAGCUGAAGAUAAAAUUCAGAAGAAGAGAUGAAUAUGAGAAGGGAGCUACUGUGGAAGUCAGAAGUGAAGAAGAAGCUUACGCUGGCUCUUGGUAUUGUGCACGUAUAAUCAGUUUAUUGGGUGAUGAGAAGUACAUUGUUGAGCACUUGAGAUUCAGAAGUGACGGCGAUGAAACGAUCCCUCUGAGAGAUUUGGUUGUAGCACAGAACAUUAGACCAGUGCCUCCUCCUCCGGUACUAUCUCCCAGCUACGAACCAGGGGAUGAAGUUGAUGCUUGGGUCAACAAACGGUGGUGA